AUGCACUUCAUUACUCACAUCUGGGAAGCAGCAACAGCAAUACGUCUUCCCCGCUGCCCUUCCUUUUCUUCAUCAUCAACAGCAAUAUAUCUAUUGUCCUUAUCAUUAUUGUUACUCUCAGACUCCCUCCUAUUCUUUUCUGUUUACUUCUUUUUAAUCCUUCCAUUUUCAUCAUCCUUCCUUCUCUUUUGUCUCUGCUCUCCUUCAAGCCUUCCAUUUUCUUUAUUAUAUCCUUUAUACUUCCUUUCAUAUUUUUUCUUCUUUCUACAUUCCCCCAUUUCUCUAUCUUUUUUUUCCUUAUUUCUCUUCUCUUUUCUAUAUUUUUCUUAUUUCCUUUUCAUCUUCAUUUCUUUCUGUUUCUUCCCCUUUUUCUCUCUAGUUACUUCUAUUCCCCCCCCUUUAUUAUCAUUCAGCCUUCUCUUAUUUAUCUUUCUCUCUUUUCUUCUCUUUAUUUAUUUAUUCUCUCUGCAUUAUCUUUUACCUCCUUCCUACUUUUCAUCUCUGUUUUUAUUUUGCUAUCAUUUCUUUUGCUCAUUUUCUUUCUUCUUUUUUUAUACAUUUCUUUUUUCCUUUUCCUGCUUGUACCUUUCACUUCCCUUCUUUAAUUUUUCCUUUUUCCUUUUCUCUUCAUAUUUGCACCCAAUUUCUAUUAUUUUUACUUUCUUACUUAUUUAUUUUUGCUUUGAUUCCCUCUCAUUUUAUUCUCCUUAUUUCUCAGUCUAUCUUCAUCUCUUCUUAUUCUCUCUUUUUUCAUUUCUUCUAAUGCUUUUGUCUUUCAUUUUCUUUCCCCAUAUUUAUUUUAAUUUUAUUUUUCAGUUCAGUUCUUUCCACUCUUUCAGUUCAAUCUGUUAUUUUAUCCCCAGCUUCAAUGACUCUUUCUUCAUUUCAGUUUUCUCUUCUAUUUCUUUCCCUUUUGUUCCAUUUUUCUCUUCUGAUUUUUUUUCCCUUUCUCACCUCUUUUCUCCUCAUUUAUUCAUUUUUUUCUGUCUUUAUAUUUUUCUCUUCAAUAUUCUUUUCUCUUUUUUUCCCUAUUAUUUCUUUUUACUUUAUUUGCCCAUAUCUUUCUUUCUUUUUACAUUUAUUUUACAAUUUUUGUCACUUCUCACCAUUAUUCUUUUGUCUAUUCUUUUUUAUAACUUACUUUCUCUUCCACAAUUCUCUUUUAUCUUUCUUUUUCUUCUUUUUCUUACCUCUUCUAUUUUCUUUACUUCCCCUUUUUUCUCUUCUCCCACUUUCUUCCAAACCAUGCUAUUCCUUUUUACUGUUCUUUUCUUCUCCUGCUCUUCAUCUUUUUCCUUCAAGCUACACAUAUACACACACAUAUCUUCCAAAUACCUUCAUACAAUGACCAGCAUCCUCCCACUUACACCUUUCGCAGCAUUUCAUAGCAGUUGGUCGUCUGAUGUAGCAGCAACAGCAGCAACCCACAUUUACCCAGUACAUUCAAGAUUUUCCACAAGAUAA